GUCGUUGAGAGUCAGACUCACUCAGGUCGAGCAGAUCUCACACACUUCAGCAGUAACGUUAAACGAUGCUCGGACAAGCCGUGCGACGAUUCGCCACCUCUGCGGUGCGCUCCAGUCACUAUGCGGAGGGACCUGGAAAGAACCUGCCGUUCUCAGUAGAAAACAAGUGGAGGCUCCUUGGCAUGAUGGUGCUGUUCUUUGGCAGUGGAUUUGCCUUCCCCUUCAUCGUUGUCAGGCAUCAGAUCCUGAAGAAAUGAAGCUCCUAUCAGUCACACAUUGUCAGUGUGAUUCUUUUGCAACACAGCUCUCAGUUUCUUCUGGUGUGGAUCCUGUAAUGUUAUUGUAAAUAAAAUGACCAAUUACAUUUA